CUGUGAUCUCGAGAAACACCGGAAGGUUGGGAAGUAGAUAACGUUCUGUGGUUAUCGCUUUUCUUGCUGUUCACUGUAUGCUAAUAAGACUGGAAAUAGAAAUGUAAAACCGGAUAGAAGUAAUAAAACGACAUGUGUUCAGGCAUGCUGCUGCGUGCGAGUGUUGAGUAGCCUUCUGAGCCGUCUCGGUGUGUAUUCUCCUCACCCCCAUGACCGCACCCCCCAUCGGCGGAGCUUGCAUGACGUCCGCGGCGUUCCCCGGGCAACCAUCGCAGGCGGCCCGGGAGGUGAACACGGCGUCGCUGUGUCGCAUUGGCCAGGAGACCGUGCAGGACAUUGUCUUCAGGACCAUGGAGAUCUUCCAGCUGCUGAGGAACAUGCAGCUGCCGAACGGCGUGACGUACCAUCCCAACACGCACCAGGACAGGCUGGGGAAGCUCCAGGAGCACCUGAGGCAGCUGUCCGUCCUCUUCCGCAAGCUCCGCCUCGUCUACGACAAGUGCAACGAGAACUGCGCCGGCCUGGACCCGGUACCCACGGAGCAACUCAUUCCCUACAUCGAGGAGGACAGCUCCAAACAUGACGAGCGUUCGGCCAACCAGAUCCGCUAUGCCACGGAGGAGAGGAGGGAGGUCCUGGAGGUCAAUAAGAAACUCAAACAGAAGAACCAGCAGCUGAAGCAGAUAAUGGACCAGCUACGCAACCUGAUCUGGGAAAUAAACUCCAUGCUCGCAGUGAGGAACUGACAAAGCCAAGACAGACAGACACAGUAGAUAGCCUUCUGCCUCCAUUUCAUUGAAUUGGCUAAAAAAUUACUCUCUCUCCCUCUCCACUUCAGCUGAUGUGUCGUGAGCAUUCUGGCACAAAAUGGCUGCCGUUGCAUCACCCAGGUGGGUGCUGCACAUUGGUGGUGGUUGAGGCGAGUUUCCCCCUCAUCACUGUAGAGUGCAAGAAAAGCACUAUAUAAAUGCAACAAUAUAUAACUAUCCGUCUGCGUGAGGACCUUAGACAUACUCGCGAGUGCAUCUUCUUGCUGGAGGACUAUCUGCUUGCUGGAACAUGACAGGGACCUUUGGACUCUGGAGAAGUGCAUUGGAGGAGUGGUCUCACACAGAACACAUGGCUGUGUAUUGUUUUAUUAUGAUACAUAUACAGUAGCCCUUAUACUUCAAACCCUUCAUAAACAACAAAAAGAUGACAAGGCACAAGGAGCACAAAUACAUAAUCUGUUUUUUUUUCUCCUCAAAAUAAAAAAUGUACAACAGGAAACUUGUGAUUGCAAUAAUAAAACCUUAAAGUAUUUUAGGUGCAAUGCUGGAGUCAUUCAGGAUGAAUAAAGUCUGUCAUCACUCCAGUAAUCCCACUCAAUACUGAUUGCAUGAAACAGCUGUGAAUCAUUUGAUAAUUAAAGGAUGGCAGAAAACUUGUUUUGCACCUUAAUUGCACAUGACCCCAUAUACUGUGGCAGGAUGAAACUGAUUUCUCAGCAAGUUUAAAUAAAUGUCUUAUUUAAUGAAUACGGUAUCCCUAAAUAGAUGCCCAUUGUGUCAUUUAUCUUGCCAAAUUGCCUUUUUGUAAGUUUAUCAAGGGUAUGACCACAUUUGUAAGCCAUUGUAUAUCUUUGCUUCCCACACAUCUAUUUGUUGUGAAGUGCUCUCUCUCUCGAAAUAUUCAAAAUUCUGAAAUUGGGAUCGUCAACCAUCCCAAUACCUUUUUCCCUUUACCAUUUAUUGUGGCAUCAUUUAUGUGUGUCACGUCACGGCUAUGGUGGGUUUUAGCAUGUACAUUGUUCUGUUAUUUUUAUUGGUGGUUUGCUUCUGAAGACAGGCAGAUCUAUUGAAGUAGCUUCUCUGGGCUUUGUGUUGCAUUGUCCUCAGGCCAUAAGAGGCUUUCAUAGGCAGAGGGAGAGAGAACUCUGCCAGUAACCUCCUGCUUAUCUCAGCUCUAUCAAGAAUAUUAAUAAUUCACUUGAAUCAUUGGGUCAUACACGUUAUAUAAUGACCGUUUCAACAAAGAGAUAUGAAGAGGGCAAAGUAGAUGUAAAUAAAGGUUCUGCCAUUUGUAAAGCUAUAGGCAACAACAAAAAAAUCAAUGCUGGAAUGCCCCUCAGCAUUUCUAAAUAAAGUCCACAUCAUUUCUCGGUCUAUAAAUGUAGUUUGUUCUUAUGCAAUUUCCUUGGUGAUGCAGGUAGAACAUUUCAUACAGGAAAUGUGAAAAUGUGUUGGUAUCAGGCAGAAUGAUGAAAUCAUUCCUUUCAGAAGGAAUACAGCCCAUUUGCUUACUUAUUGUAAUAACUUUAUUGUUAUUAAAACAUUUAAUACACGGUCCUAAUCUUUGGCGUAUUGGCAAUAGAACUAUGAGGAUAUUGAUAUUCUGUAGCUUGACACCUCGGUAUUUGAUGCUCACUAUGAAAGAUGAGCAGUUAUCUAUACCUUUUUUAUUACAGUCAACUGAUCAUAGCUACAUUUUAAAGCAGUAACAUUUCUUUCUUCCACUGGUUUUAAAUUAAUAUUUGAAGAGUGAGGGAUGAUUUCUUAAAGAUUUUUUUCUGAAUGUAUCCUUUACCUUUUAAGAUGUUAGGGAGAAGGGUGCUUUGCUGCCUUCUGGAGUUCUCAUUUUCUCCCUACACAGACUCAGACAGUGUCGAAUGGAGGCUAUUGAGCUGUAAUUUGCAGUAAGGUGCUGUGCUUGAGUCAAAUAGGGCAUGGUGAUAUGAUACUGUCAGAUAUUGAUGAUGAUUGACAGCCAUCAUGAUGUGAGCUUGAUAUUGUGAUUUACUGACAAUGUCUACUUUGUUAAGUUUGCUUCCACUUGCAGGCAUGCACCUUGAAACAGCAUAGUUCCGCAUAGCGGAAGGAACAGUGGAGAGCCAAAAAUGCAUUCCUUUGCAAUAACGUGUUCAAGCUAAACAAAGUUGGACUAUAGUACGCAGGUUAGGCAUGGCAAAAAAGGCAUGAUGUACCCAUCUAUUUUCAAUAUGAUAUCGUAUAUCAAGAUUUGAAAUUAAAUUUUUAUGACAUCGCCCAGCUUCAUACAAAGGAAUGUUGUCCAGGCCUGAUACCGGAGUUCCAAAAUAAUAUUAGUGAGAAUGGAAACAUUAUUCUGCAUAUUUGUUCUGCAAUUUACAGUUGAAGUCGGAAGUUUACAUACACUUAGGUUGAAGUCAUUAAAACGAAUGCAUUAUCACUCCACAGAUUUGUUGUUGGUAUAGUGUUGGUAAGUCGAUUAGGACAUCUCCUUUGUGCAUGACACAAGUAAUUUUUCAAUCAAUUGUUUACAGAUUAUUUCACUUUUGAUCCACUAUCAGAAUUCCAGUGGGUCAGAAGUUUACAUACACUAAGUUGACAGCUUGGAAAUUUCCAGAAAAUGAUGUCAUGGCUUUAGAAUGUCAUUCUCAUAGACUAAUUCACAUUAUUUGAGUCAAUUGGAGGUGUACCUGUGGAUGUAUUUAACCUACCUUCAAACUCAGUGCCUCUUUGCUUGACAUCAUGGGAAAUUCUAAAGAAAUCCAAGCCUGAAGGUACCACGCUCGUCUGUACAAACAAUAGUACGCAAGUAUAAACACUGUGGGACCAUGCAGCAGUCAUACCACUGAGGAAGGAGACUUUGGUGCUUUGGUGUGAAAAGUGCAAAUCAAACCCAGAACAACAGCAAAGGACCUUGUGUAGAUGCUGGAGGGAACAGGUACAAAAGUAUCUAUACCCACAGUAAAACAAGUCCUACAUUGACAUAACCUGAAAGGCUGUUCUGCAAGGAAGAAGCCUCUACUCCAAAACCACCAUAAAGAAGCCAGACUGCAGUGUUGCACAUGGGGACAAAGAACUUGGAGAAAUGCCCUCUGAUGAAACAAAAAAUGAACCGUUUGGCCAUAAUGACCGUGGUUAUGUUUGGAGGAAGAAAGGUGAGGCUUGCAAGCCAAAGAUCACUAUCCCAACCGUGAAGCACAGGGGGUGACAGCAAAGACCUGACUUCAAUCCAAUCGAAAAUUUGUGGGUAGAAUUUAAGAAGCCCGUGUGAGCAAGGAGGACUACAAACCAGUUCUGCCAGUAGGAAUGGGCCAGCCAUGUGUUGUGAGAAGCUUGUGGAAGGCUACCUGAAACGUUUGACCCAAGUUAAACAAUUUAAAGGUAAUGCUACCAAAUACUGAGUGUAUCUGAACUUCUGACCCAAUUGGAAUGUCAUGAAAGAAAUAAAAGCUGGAAUAAAUCUCUCUAUUAUUACUCUGACAUUUCACAUUAAAAUAAAGUUCUGAUCCUAACUGACUUAAGGCAGGGAGUGUUUAAAUGUCAGAUAUUGUGAAAAACUGUUUAAAUGGAUUUGUGUAAGGUGUAUGUAAACUUCCGACUUGUACUUUAUUAAUUGUACAGAUUUUCCUUCAUCAUAUUUUAUUAUUGACUUAUUUAUGAUCAUGAUAGUUUCUAUGCAGUCAGUAUUUGUAACAGAGUGGUAUUGCUGUAAAUACUGUAUAGUACUGUGUUACUAUUCCUAUUAUUCAAGGUCUUAGGGUGCAGCAAGGCAAUAUUUUUUUGAGUAUAUUAUGUUAAAAAUGCAUUUGCUUAUAUAAAGAAUUAAUCACC